AUGACGAACUGGGUGACGAUCUUGACCCAAGUCCAGGCACCUAAGGUGUUUGUGGCAAUCGUACUUCUGCUAUCGUGGAAUGACGCUGUGUCUUUUGAUCGGGGCUUCCAAUUCUUAGAGGUCUUCUCAGGGCAGGGUAACGUUUCAAAGAAGAUGCACAGGCUUGGCUACUCUGUGGCCAGCAUUGAUUUUGAUUACUCCAACAAACACAUGGACUUUCUCAAUGUCUCUGGGUUCCUGCUCGCGAUCUACGUGCUGAUGAAUAUGGCCCCCCGCGGGCUGACCCUGUGGGCACCAGUCUGUGGAUCAUGGGGGUUGCCUUGUAGGCACACCUCUGGGAGAUCGAUCAUCAACAUUGCAGGAAACACCUGCUACCAAUUCGUCAGGGAUGGAAACCUUAUGAUUUCUCGGCUGACAUUGGGCCUGUUGCUUGUGACUGCAUUGAAUCUGUUUUGGUUGCUGGAGCAACCAUCGCAAAGCCUGUUACAGCACCACAAGAGAUACGAAUGGUUUUGCAACCGUGUGGCAUGGGUGUUUCAAACCCACUUCUGGCUUAUGCACCACGGAUCGAAAUCUGCCAAGCGGACUGUCUUCUAUGGGAACCUCUCUACCAUGAAUCACUUGGACAAGGGAGUCCUUUCCAAGAAAGAGAAGGAGUUGAAGACCAAAGUAUCCACAACCAGAAGCUACCGUGACCAGAACGGUGUCAAGCGCUUUGUGGGGAAGAAGGAAGAACUCAAGUCGACACAGUCUUAUCCUGAACGACUUGGAGACAGCAUUCAUGAGCUCUAUGUGGAAGAGCUUAGGUUGGACAUGGACCACCAACUCAAAAGCGGCGUUGACUUUGUCAUGUCCCCAACGGCCCACAUGACGUGGGCUGAUGAGGAUUUCAUAGGGGUAAAGGAGGAGAUGGAGGUCGCAGUCGGCGCCAUCAUCCGGAUCUCCCCAGGUCACCACGUUCACACUUCUGAUUUUGUCAAAACGGGCGUCGGAUAUCACUCCACCCAUCAUGACCCCACAACCAUGAACAUUCUGCUGCCGGAAAAGCUUGCGAGCAAGGGAAAUACGUCGAGCAUCGACGACAACGCCUUGCACACUGGUCGCAUCUCUGCGGCUGCUAUUCAGAAAACUUUGGAAGCGCUGCCAGCGCCAAGACUCACGAAUCUCAUGAGCAUCCCUUUCUGUGAUUGGGUUUUGAAGAUUCAAAUUCCAGUUUUGCCGCGGGUGAUUCCACAUCCACGGCGCUACACUUGUCCACCCAAGUGA